CGGAAUUUUGUAUUUAGAAGAUGAUAUUGAAACUUAAGCUUGAGUUAGGGUUAGGGUUUAUAAUUAUAGUUUUGGCACCAAUUCUUGUUGGAUUAGUAGUAAUGGAUUCCAAGAACAUUAGAUUCUCUCGGGUGUUAUCAAUUAUAUUAAUAUCAAUGGGGUUUUGUGGCUUGUUUGGCAGUUUACUGCACUUUAUGCUUCCAAAAAAGCGACCUGUUGAAGGACAAGACCUAGAACAAGAAGAAGAAAAAGAAGACGCGAACAAAAACAAUACGAUUACUAAUAUUGCUUCUUCCUCUACCAAGAAGCAUCGGAUCGAUUCUUGUUUUGUAGAAUCAACGACCCCAAUUAGUUCGAACAGCAACGGUAAAGCUAACAUCAACAACGGUGGUGGUAGUAGCAGUACCACUAAUAGUGUGAUUAUGGCACCUGGUGAUGUGCAUCAGAAUGAUAUUGAUGAGGAUCUGCACAGUCGACAGCUUGCUGUAUACGGACGUGAGACUAUGCGUCGGCUUUUUGCGUCAAAUGUUCUUGUCGCUGGCAUGCAGGGCCUUGGUGCUGAGAUUGCUAAAAAUCUCAUUCUUGCUGGCGUCAAGUCUGUGACAUUGCAUGAUGAAGGGGCAGUGGAGCUGUGGGAUUUAUCUAGUAAUUUCACUUUUUCUGAGAAUGAUGUUGGCAAGAACAGGGCUUUAGCUUCUCUUCAGAAGUUGCAGGAACUCAAUAAUGCAGUGGUUGUUUCUACUUUAACUACAGAAUUGACAAAAGAAAAACUUUCUGAUUUCCAGGCUGUUGUCUUUACUGAUAUCAAUCUUGAGAAAGCAUAUGAGUUUAAUGACUACUGCCAUAGUCAUCAGCCUCCUAUCUCUUUCAUUAAGGCUGAAGUUAGAGGACUUUUUGGUUCUGUGUUUUGCGACUUUGGACCUGAAUUCACAGUUUUUGAUGUUGAUGGAGAGGAACCGCACACGGGUAUAGUUGCAUCUAUUAGUAAUGAUAAUCCUGCUCUAGUGUCAUGUGUGGAUGAUGAGAGGCUUGAAUUUCAAGAUGGGGAUCUGGUUGUGUUCUCUGAAAUUCAUGGAAUGACAGAGCUCAAUGAUGGAAAGCCAAGGAAAAUAAAAAAUGCUAGGCCAUAUUCAUUUACUCUUGAUGAGGACACCACAAACUUUGGUACAUAUGAGAAGGGUGGUAUUGUUACACAGGUGAAACCACCUAAAGUCUUGAACUUUAAGCCAUUGCGGGAAGCACUUAAAAAUCCUGGUGAUUUUCUUUUGAGUGAUUUUUCCAAGUUUGAUCGGCCACCUCUUCUACACCUUGCAUUUCAAGCUCUGGAUAAGUUUUUGUCCGAGUCAGGUCGCUUCCCUGUUGCUGGUUCAGAAGAAGAUGCUCAGAAGCUUAUAUCUUUGGCCAUUAACAUCAAUCAAAGCUUGGGAGAUGGAAGGGUAAAAGACAUUAAUCCAAAACUUCUUCAGCAGUUUGCCUUUGGAGCCAGGGCUGUACUAAAUCCGAUGGCUGCUAUGUUUGGUGGUAUUGUGGGACAAGAAGUUGUCAAAGCAUGUUCUGGGAAGUUUCAUCCUCUCUUUCAGUUUUUCUAUUUUGACUCGGUGGAGUCCCUUCCCACAGAGGAUCUGUAUCCCUGCGAUUUCCAGCCGUUAAAUAGUCGUUAUGAUGCACAGAUUUCAGUUUUUGGAUCUAAGCUCCAGAAGAAACUAGAGGAUGCUAAUGUGUUUAUAGUAGGAUCUGGUGCAUUGGGUUGUGAAUUCUUAAAGAAUGUAGCCUUAAUGGGUGUUUCAUGUGGUAAACAAGGAAAGCUGACAAUAACAGAUGAUGAUGUAAUUGAGAAGAGUAAUCUAAGUAGGCAGUUUCUCUUCCGGGAUUGGAACAUUGGGCAGGCCAAAUCGACGGUUGCUGCUUCUGCUGCUUCAUCAAUAAAUCCUUCUAUCAAUAUAGAAGCAUUGCAAAACCGUGUCAGCCCUGAAACUGAGAAUGUCUUUGAUGAUGUAUUCUGGGAGAACUUAACUGUUGUUAUAAAUGCUUUAGACAAUGUCAAUGCAAGAUUAUAUGUUGAUCAAAGGUGCUUAUACUUCCAGAAGCCACUUCUUGAGUCUGGAACCCUGGGCGCCAAAUGCAACACCCAGAUGGUCAUUCCUCACCUGACUGAAAACUAUGGUGCUUCUAGAGAUCCACCUGAGAAGCAAGCACCCAUGUGCACUGUCCAUUCGUUCCCACACAAUAUUGACCACUGCUUGACUUGGGCUCGAUCUGAGUUUGAGGGUUUGCUUGAGAAAACUCCAGCAGAAGUGAAUGCCUAUCUAUCUAACCCAGUUGAAUAUACUGCUAGUAUGGCCAAUUCUGGUGACGCUCAGGCAAGGGAUACCUUAGAACAUGUUGUUGAGUUGCUUGACAAGGAAAAAUGCGAGACAUUCCAGGAUUGCAUUACAUGGGCUCGUUUAAAGUUUGAAGAUUAUUUUGCUAAUCGUGUAAAGCAGUUGAUUUAUACAUUUCCUGAAGAUGCCAGGACAAAUACUGGGGCGCCUUUCUGGUCAGCCCCAAAGCGCUUUCCUCAUCCGCUUGAGUUCUCAACUUCUGAUCCUGGUCACCUCCAUUUUGUCAUGGCAGUAUCUAUACUAAGAGCAGAGGUUUUUGGCAUUCCAGUUCCUGACUGGGUCAAGAAUCCUAAGAUGUUUGCUGAGGCUGUUGAGAAGGUUAUAAUACCAGACUUUGAGCCAAAGAAAGACGCCAAAAUUGUAACGGACGAGAAAGCUACCAGUCUCUCUACUGCAUCUGCAGAUGAUGGAGCAAUUAUCCAUGAGCUAAUCAUGAAAUUAGAGCACUGCAGGAGGCAUCUGCCACCAGGAUACAGGAUGAAGCCGAUUCAGUUUGAGAAGGAUGACGAUACAAACUUUCAUAUGGAUAUGAUUGCUGGGCUUGCCAACAUGAGAGCAAGAAACUACAGCAUUCCUGAAGUUGAUAAGCUGAAAGCCAAGUUUAUUGCAGGAAGGAUCAUCCCUGCCAUUGCGACAUCGACAGCUAUGGCAACGGGUCUUGUGUGCUUGGAGCUGUAUAAAGUUCUUGGUGGGGGACACAAAGUGGAAGAUUACCGAAAUACCUUUGCCAACUUAGCAUUACCUUUGUUCUCCAUGGCUGAGCCAGUCCCACCAAAGGUUAUCAAGCAUCGAGACAUGAGCUGGACUGUUUGGGACAGGUGGGUCCUAAAAGGCAAUCCUACUUUAAGGGAACUCAUUGAAUGGCUCCAGGAUAAAGGGCUGAAUGCCUAUAGCAUCUCAUGCGGUAGUUGCCUGCUCUUUAAUAGCAUGUUUCCUAAACACAGAGAAAGAAUGGAUAGGAAAAUGGUGGAUCUAGUUAGGGAAGUGGCAAAACUAGAACUGCCUCCAUAUCGUCAGCAUUUCGAUGUUGUUGUGGCUUGUGAAGAUGAUGAGGACAACGACGUCGACAUUCCUACUGUAUCGAUUUACUUCCAUUGAGUUGUAUGCCUCAUUUGCCAGCCUGGUCGGUCACUGGGGCCUGCAAUGACUGCGACUGACUGUUCUCUUCCAUCAGAUGGUACUGUCUUACCAUCUCAAUGUUGUAUCUUGAGUACAAAAUAGUAACAUUUUUCAAAGUUUCAGAUACCCAUAUAUACAUGAAGUUCCAAAAUUCGAAUAAUUGAGCAUAUGGUGUCCCCAUUUGUUAACUGCACACAUGCUUGUAUUAUCCAUAGUUUGUACCCCCAUGACAUUUGGUGUAUUUUAAGUCUUGUAUCCUGUUCUUGGUUUAGUCAGGCCUAUAAUAUGUAAUACCGUUGGGGCCUUUUGUCCCCUUCAUUCCAA